ACCGUCUCAUCACCGGAUUCAAGGAUUAAUUUCGCAACUUGCAGGAAAUGAUGAGGAUUAUUUUGAUAUGGGAGGAAAGUGUUAGCUGUAGAUGCACUGCUUCACGGCGUAGUUAGCUGUAUCAUUUUUCUUGGUUUGGUUUUGUGGAGGACCGUGUAGCGAAACAUGGGGAAUGAGAUGAGCGAGGAAGGAGAGGGGAUGCCGCAACAUCCAACGCCGAUACCAUACCAGACUGGCAGACAGCUACAUGAUGGUGUGGAUAGUAUGAUGGGUAGGAGUUUAGAAGGUGCCAGAGGGGUUGGUAGAGGAGGUAGUAUUAGUCCUGGGACAGGUGGUGGCACUGGUGUUGGAAGAGGUGGUGCGGUUGGUGGUAGUGGUGGUGGCCGGAGUGGUAUGCGUGGGGGAGCUGGUAUCAGUGGUGGCCGAGGAAAUGGUAGAGGUGGCACAGGUGGUAGUAUGGAGACUCGGGGAGGACACGGAAGAGGUACAGGAAGAGGUGGAGGAAGGGGUGAAGCUGGACCAAUGGGUGGGCAAUCUGGGCGUCGGACCGGUCCAAUUGUCAGUGGAUCUGCAAGUGUUUCACCACCUCAUACCAGCGCAGCAAGUCCGGCGUUUAUAAUUCCAGGAAGGGGUAGAGGAAGGGGAGAUAAAGUAUCCACUCAGGGUCCUGGCCGCGGAGGGGUUAACACAGGACCCAAACCAUCUAGUACUGCUCCUAGGACUAGUGACAGAUCCAGGGUUCAGAAUAAAGCAGCCCCUCCAAUGAACGACCAACCUCCUGAAGCAGAUCUAAGCCAUUUGACAGAGGAAGAACGAGCUCAUAUUCUGGCUGUUCUAAACAGGGCUAAGGGUCUACAGGAGAGAGAUGAAGAGAGAGUCAGGAAUCUUGAAGACGACUUUACCAAGUACACCAAAGACAUCAAGCGUCGAGCAUCGGACGCAUCCAGUGUCGGGGAAGGUCUACCCAAUAAUCUAUGUCCAGUCUGUAACAGGACUGAACUUGAUGAAUGUGCUAUACCCGGAUCUGCUCAGGAAGGGUUGGAGUGUACAGACUGCGAGAGACCAGUAUGUCUGCAGUGUGGUUUUUAUAUGCCAGCCUUAGCAUCACAGAGUCGUGAGAGACGAAAGAAACUGGAACGUGGUGCCUCUUUCUCAUCGAGUGACGGUGAAAGGGUUCGUCCGCCAUUGCAUCGCGGUCUUAGUGAGCAGUUAUCAGCUCCAAUAACUUCAUUACAGAACCAACCUCUUACUGAGGUCUCGUCUUCCAAUAGUAGCUUGGACCGAAGUCAACAACAGUCACCAGAUUCUAGCUCACCUACCAAGUCGAAUAAAGGUAAUGGUAUACGAUCAUCGUCUUCUUCAUUUGAAUCGGAUCGAUCAUCGAUACAAAAAGAUUCCCAAUCAUCACAAAGCCAAAGAAACGGAACCCGGUCCUCACCUUCAUCAGCCGAAUCGUCACAUUCCUCCCCUAGUCGUAGUGCUCAUUCUAUGGUAGUCAGUCAACCAACGGAUGGGUUCCAGGUACACGGGAAGAACGGAGAGCCUCACAACCCUCGCCUUCCAGAUAACCCAACCAAACCUAGACCAAGAGACUCACCGUCAUCGAAAGUUUCUCGACAAUACGAUGGAAAUAAGACAGAUGUUUUGCGAGAUUCGCCUUCUUUGAGGAAACCAGAUAGAAACAAUUCACCGGGAUUGCUUGAACAUGAUAAAGACCCGGUGAUUUCUCAUAAAUCUCGUACCUUGGAUUCGUCAAGGAAGGAAAAAACUCAGUCUCCGGACAGAACUAGCCAUCAAGGGGCGUCAGGGCAUGAAAGGAACAAUGCUCAAAACCCUCGCAUAAGGGACAGGUCUCCAGUAGUGGAAGGGUCAAAACAGAAUUCCCCGCAACAACCUCGUAGUCUGGACAUUUCUCCAGUAUUUAGAGACGUUCCAAGGAAAUUCGGGUCUGUGAAACAACCUGAACACGAUCUAGUGCACGAAUCAAUACAUUCACAGACAGCUUCGAAUGUUGUUUCUAGAAGAACUGAUAUUCUCACGCGUGAUGAAAAUGUAGGAUUUGUACCCGUCGCAACAGUGAGUGAGAACCCGAGUAGGACUAGACUUAGACAAAAUUCACCUGAUUCAAAACCAAGACUUCGACAAAAUUCACCUGAUUCAAAACCCAGGCCUAGUCGAAUUGAUGUUGCCAUGAGUAAGGAAGAAGUUAAAGUGAGGGGACGUGAUAGUGAAAAACAAUCUCCUCCAGUCACGCAAAGCGUUGCCCCUUCUAGUGAUAAACCCAAGGAAAAGCCUUAUAUUUCAUCUCAUGAUGAGAGAGAGGGUAGUAUAGAUGAUAGUGAAAUGAUGCGUCAACUAUUAGCCAUGGCUGGUAGUAAUGCCUCAUGUGAAACAAAGGAGAAAACCAAAGAAAAGGAAGGUGCAAUUGACAAAUUAGACAAAACGCAGAUUGGAUCGAGAGAUAGUGAACGAACUCACGUUGGGGAAGACCUGUCUGGCAAGAAUCCCAGGCCUAUUUUCACUUUGACCGCUGACAGAGGUAGUCCUAUAUCAACGUUCGUUCUAUCGUCAUCAAAAGAGAGUCUAGCCUCUAACGCGGAUAAGGAUGAAUGUCAAUCUUCUAUGCAGACUCAUUUACCAAGCACUGUUUCUAAUGUGACGGUAAAACCUGACGUCUCCAUGUAUAACCCACAUCAUAUAGACGCAGACACCAUGGCUGAGGAAGAAACGCGACUUGCAGAGGAAAAAUCAAUGGGAGAAGCAGUUUCUAAAAUGUUGAGAUUAAAGCGAGGAAAGUCUGAGGAGUUACCCCCUAGACAGGGUUCCCUUGACGACAGUCACUAUAAGCUCAUUAAAAGACAGGAAACUGUGCCAUCGGAGUACGAAAGUCUCAGUGAUAGUGAAAUUAGGGAUGAUCAAAGUAGAAGAGGUAGGAAAACACUCCUUGGGGAUAGACCAAAGCAGAAUUCGGAAGACUUGUCAGAUCUACCAGGACUUACAGAUCUAGGGGCAAUAGGAGGUGGUGAUGAUGAUUCAAUAUGGCCUCCAAAUACAGAUGGAGCUGAGUCAAAAUACAUCUCAGUUGAAGAUCUCACAAAAGUUGGAUUGGGAGGGAGAAUGGCUGCAGUCGGACAAAAACACUCGAGUAAUGGCAUACGACGAAAGCGUCAAAAGCCUGCCGGAGAUACGCCACUGUCACCAAUAUUCGAUGUAGAAGGAGGAAGUCCACCGACUGAACUGGCUACUGAUCUGUUGUCUUCUGAAUGCACUUCUCUUGCAGAUGAUUCGGAGGAUGACAUCAAUCGUGACUACUAUGAGGACCAAGAUUACAUGACAGAAGAUCGGUCGUACUCCAGUUUUGACAGCGGCGAUGACUACACUGACUACAUGGAAGACGUCAUCAUGGAGGACAUCAGUAUGGAACAUGAAGUAGUGGAACAUCUUUCGCCUUACCGAAUAAAAGAAGAGGGUUUAGCAACCGUAAUGGAAGAGCAAGAGGAAAUAGAUGAAUAUUAUUUGGAUGAAGAGGAUGAAGACGAGGAGGAGGAAGCUGAAGAAUCAGAAGAAGAAACCAUACCAGAACAAGAUCGUAUGAACAUGCUAUCUACUAUCCAGGAACAGACCUCAGAAGAAACCCAGGAGAGCCCUGAUUAUAUGUCACCGUGUGAAGAUAGGUUUAGUACAGGUCGAAGCUCUGAACAAAGAUCGCGUAAGGAUCAACCAUCAUGGGAUGCAUCUGCAUCAGCAUCCGCAUCAGAUUUAUCAGAUUUGUCAACUGAUCAGACUUUUGAAUCUUUGUCUUCCGUUUUAACACGUGAACACAUCGCACCAGUAGCAGCCACUGUAGAAAAAGACAUGGUAGCACAGUCUCCAUACCGUCCUCAGCUAGACAUUGACCUUACGCCAAACGCCAAGCGCGACAACUCUGGCGUUUUAGAUUCACCAAGAACACCAACAAUGGAUUCCAAAGCUUAUGAACGACCCAGAAUUACAAGUCCUAGUAAAAUAUUUAAUGUAUCCUCCCCUCGCACUAGUCCUAUUUCACCAAACCCUUUCUCGCCUCCCCUAACUCCCAAAUCAUGGGCUGCAAAGCGCACAUUUCCAGAAACCAUGUUUCCAAUGGAGCACUCCACACAAGUAGAAUCAGAGGUGGAAACGCAUGCUCCGAACGAUGAUCGAAGAAAAUGUCGCUCGGUUCUGACUCAAAUGGGAUCUAGUUUCGAGGAAUUUGCUAGCAUUACGUGGCCUGAAACACUCACUGAAGACCCCUCUUCAUCCCGUAGUAAAUCCUUUAAAAGUCCUUUAUUCGUUGAAACAGGUAGCACAAUUAGUCCUGAGGAUAGCACAAGCACAUCAGAGAACACAGUUAUAGCAUGUGAUAAUUUGAAAUCUAAGUCAGCUCAGACGCAAACUAUGGUUGAACGUCGAACGCAAACGACACCACCUCCACUCGGCGAGCAAAGCAAGUCUCGUUCAAAAUCAUUCUCCGACGCAGCUGUGGGGCCUGGUAACGAAAGCCCAGAAUCCAACUCUUCUUCCCCUUCUAAGUCUGUCCAUACAACUAGCAUUGGCGUAGGUACCAGCCCUGAGAUGUCACCCACCUCCUCCACUCAUUCUACAGACACUGAUUUCAGCUUCAGAAGACCGUUUGCGUUUGAGGAAAUCAAGCACACCAUGGCAUCCAAUGCAUCAUCCAGCGGAUCUUCCAGUCCAGAACCUAGUGGAGCAGCUAGGAGAAACCCGAGAGCAUCAAGGAAAGAUACAGGAUCACAAAGUACUACUCAGGACACGAUUGCUGCCAUGAAACACAGCGGACAGUUUUCGGGAAAGGACUAUCUAAAGGCAUCUUCAAGUGAUGCUGAAAGCUGUGAUAGUGAGAGUAGCACACCAGCCAAAGUUCGUCGGCGUCUCCCUACAGUUCCGCUGAAUGUCCAGCCAGUCACUGUCUCUAUCAAACCUGACCUCAGUACAACCAUUGAUGAGAUUCUACGAGAUCCUGAAAGAAGUAUCGAGGUCAAGAAAGUUAAAGAACUACUGGCUAGAAAGGCGGCAGAACUAGAGAAGGAGAGACGCGAAGCUCUUCUAAAAUUGAGAAAACUUUCUUCAGAUUCAAAAAGGCUUGAGGAAGGAAAGGAGAGGCUCUCUCGCAGGUAUAACAAACACCACAAGGUUCGUGUAGCUGGGGUGAAUGAAGGUAGCCUUUCCGAUUCAGACGUCACCAUUACAAGUGAAGACAAGGAAACAGAAGAAUUGGCUGCUUUACUUCACCCACUAUACGGCAUGUAUAACCCAUUCCCGACGGGUAAACUCUCCAUCAGUUCAGAUCGUAUUCACGAGAUAGAAACAAGUGAUCUGCCAUCUUCAAUCAUGGUGUCUCCUGGAGAUCAAAUAAGAUUAUCGAAAUCUGAAGAGGACAUUUUAAGAGAAAUUGAAAAGCAGAUCUCAGAAGCCACCGGUACGGACUAUAAAGCAUACAAUACUUCUCAGAUAGAAAAUGAGGUUCGAUCGAGGUACAGCGACAACAAAGAUGACAACCGAUUUAAGAAGGAUAACAAACGUAGAACUCCUUUGCAAGAAAAAUUUACGACCUCAGAAAUUCCUGAUUAUGGUUUAAAAACUGUUCGUCAUAAGAUGAAAGAGGAGCUGAAGCAGGUGACGGCCCAUCGUAGAGCGCAAUUAGAUAAUUCCCCACCAUCUCCAUCCCAGCCACCCUCUGAAAUCCAAACAAGUGUUGUCAGCCCAGAGAGGCAAGAAGGCGAGCAGAGGGAAGGAACCAACGGAAGAAGAUGUGGACUCGGAGUUUGA